UGUGGAUCCAAAAAUCUUGUGUGACCUGGCGGUUUUUUCUUUUCAACGGCCAAUUUUACUUGGCGGUUACAGUUGUUAUUUUUAUACUCUUUCUCACUUUCACUGUAUCCGUAUCCAUCUUCCUCACUCACUUCCUUUUCACUAUUUUUUUCAAUUUAAUAUUUAAUUUAAUAAAAAUGAUGUUCCACCGAAGGAAAAAAGAACAACAACAAUCCACUUCAACCUUGCCUCUAUCACAGUCGUCACCAAUGCCUCCUCCUCCGCCACCUUCCUCCGCCGCCACCACCACCUUCCUCCGACCAUCAUCCUUCAAAUCCUUCCUCCUCAUCCUCUCUCUCCUCCUCAACCUCUACCUCCUCUUAAUCCUCUGGACCCCUUCCUCUUACCCCUAUCCCUUAUCCCCGUCCACCGUCAUCACGCGCUUCUCCCUCACCACGCGCCGCCACAUCCUCUUCGCCGUCGCCUCCUCCUCCCUCUCCUGGCCCCGCCGCCAGUCUUAUCUCAACCUCUGGUACUCCCCGAACACCACCCGCGCACUCGCCUUCCUCGACUCACCCCCUCCCAACACCACCACCACCUCGCCGCCAGUUAUCAUCUCCGGUGAGGCGUCCCGCUUCCCCUACACGUUCCCGGGAGGACUGCGCUCGGCGAUCCGCGUGGCGCGUGUAGUGAAGGAGGCGGUCGAUCGGAACGAGACGGAUGUGCGGUGGUUCGUGUUCGGCGACGACGACACGGUUUUCUUCGUGGAGAAUGUGGUGAGGGUUUUGGCGAAGUACGAUCACAAUCGGUGGUACUACCUUGGGAGCAACUCUGAGAGCUACGAUCAGAAUGAGAAGUAUUCGUUUGAGAUGGCGUUUGGGGGAGGGGGUUUCGCGAUCAGUUACUCCCUGGCUAGGGUUUUGGCUAGGGUUUUGGAUUCCUGUUUGAAGAGGUAUGGUCAUUUGUAUGGCAGUGAUUCCAGGAUUUACUCUUGCAUUGCUGAGCUUGGUGUUGGGUUGACCCAUGAACCUGGUUUUCAUCAGUUAGAUAUGCGGGGCAAUUUGUUUGGUAUGCUGGCUGCACAUCCAUUAUCUCCCUUGCUGUCCCUUCAUCACUUGGACGCAUUGGAUCCUCUCUUUCCUGACAUGAACAGAACAGAAGCUUUGAAACAUCUUAUUGCAGCUGCAAAUGUUGACCCUGCCAGGAUCCUUCAGCAAACUGUCUGCUAUGAUCGAUCAAAUUCUUUGACUUUCUCAGUUUCUUGGGGCUUUGCUGUACAGGUCUUCCAAGGAAAUGAACUUCUACCUGAUCUGCUUACCGUGCAGAAAACUUUUACGUCAUGGAGGAGGGGUAGCAAAGUUUAUGCCAAUUUUAUGUUUAACACAAGGGACUAUCCUAGAGAUCCUUGUAAAAGGCCUUCUGUAUUUUUCUUGAAAAAUGUUUCAUCUGAUAAAAGGCGCAUAUGGAGCAAUUACAGUAGGCGUGUAGUGAGAAACUGCAUUGAAUCAGAUGUGACAAAGCUGAAGGAGAUCAUCGUUUUUUCAAGAAAGCUGGAUCUUAGCAUUGAACAGAUGAAAGCCCCCCGUCGUCAGUGCUGCAAUGUUAUGCCAUCUUCUAACAAAUCAAUCAGUAUCCAUAUUAGAGAGUGUGAAAAUGACGAACUGAUCUCCAUGCAAUUGUAGCAUUCUCUUAAGGAGCUACCUCCCUUGAAAGCUUUGGAAUUUUCAUGAGCACGGAUGUUUGGAGGAGUUUUGUCCCGUGUUGAAGCUGAUUGAGGUGAAUGCUUAUUCUUUUAGAAGACGAAGAACCUUGUCCUCUUCGUAGAAGAAAAAUAUGUGCUUGAAGAUGAAAACUGCAAAUCUUGCUGGUGAUGAACCUCUCCUGGGUUUGUUAUGGCUCGCCUGAAAAUCAACAAACCUCUCCCUUGCCUCAGUUUUGUAGCUUGUUUUUUUCGCCGCGUAGCUGUGUUUUUUCAAAUGGCUUAUUUUCCGGCAAUUGUACAUGUUAUUGCAUCCAUCCUGUCCAUUUCUGAUGCAAAACAAUUCAAGGAAGCUCCCAUGUUGUUAGGAGUGAGGUAACCUCUCAGCCAAAGGAUCAAUUUAACUCUGAAAUGUGAUCCUUAUGAGGACUAUGUCUCAACUUAUGCUUGCUAACUUGUGAUUUGUCUGAAAAUUCUUCAAAUGUUACAUAACUUUUUGCUCGCUGCAUAGUUGAAGUACAUCUAUAACCAUUGGAAAGUCUGUUAGAAAUAUUUUAACGUGACUGAUUAAUUGUGUUCAUAUGGAUACAAAGUUUACAUUUGGGCGUGAAGCUGGGUUAUCUGGAGUUCCUGACUGUUGUUAUAUUUUACUCACUCUGUUCCUAGUUAUUAUCUAGAGAUAGGGAAAAAAACCAUAGAUGAAGAAAUCCAAUUAUUUUAUAGAACUUCUUGUUCUCUCCAAAUACCUGGGAUCAGUUGCAAGCCUAGCUCCCAGGAUCUGUUGGUGAAGUGAAACAUAUCUGCUUCUGUUUCCUUCUCCUUCUUAUAGGUCUUAGAUUUGUCCUUUGGGUUACCAGUAGUUAUUUAGCCGUUUCCUUAUUUAUGUAAAUAUUAUUGAAUGGUAUCAUGAUUAGUUGAUUUAAUUUGGGUGUUACAAUUC